AUGCAAAGAAUUUGUGAGGAAUUAGUAAGUGCUAAAUCUCAAGCCAAUAUUUUUUCUCCUAUUGAUUCUCAAAUAGGAGGCAUUAGCAUAUUGCAAACUAAUAUCUCUAAUUUAAUUGAUAUUAAUAUUCAAAAAGAAUCUUUAUUUACUUUAGAUAACUCUGAUUAUGAAGAAGUUACAGAAAUUAAACCUGAAAGUGAUGAUAAUGAGGAAACUAUAAUAGAUUAUUUUGCUCCUGAUAUUGAAAGCAGUAAUAAAGAAAUAUUUGAAGAUUUUGAAAAUUUUGAAGACUUUAGUUAA